AUCACCCGAAGGCAUUUGACUUACCUGAGAGUUGUAGGAGCGCACAUCUGCUCAAGACACCAACUAAGCUUGCGAGCGUUCGGUUACAUAAGCGAGAACAGCAGAAAUCCGCCAGUUCAAUGUAGCCUUCCUGCUGGCCGGAUCAUUAAAGCGGGAUUGUAAGAGCACAUCAUCGCCCUAUGAACAGCAGAUCUAAGGAGUUCAGAAGCCAUCAGGGACGAUGAAGAACUCUGGCGCUGUGCUGAUUUUGACCUUUAUUACCAAAUUAAUAUCACAAGCAGCAGGUGUCAGUCCGCCAGGCAAACCCAGACUCACAAGCUGCCGCUCUCCAGAGAAGGAGACCUUCACGUGCUGGUGGGAGCCUGGAGAUGAUGGAGGUCUGCCCACAACCUACGCCCUCUACUACUGUCUAGAAAACUCGGAAACGGUCUACGAAUGCCCGGAUUACAGAACGGCGGGCGAGAACUCGUGUUUCUUCAACAAAAACGACACGUCCCUUUGGGUCAACUACAACAUCACUGUGGUGGCCACCAAUGCCCUGGGGAAGAACAUCUCAGACCCCGUAGAGGUGGAUGUGGCCUACAUAGUUCAACCAAACACUCCAGAGAACGUGACGGCAGUCGUGGUCCAUGAUGACCAGGACCCGUUCGUGAGAGUGUCCUGGGAGAAGCCUCGGACGGCAGACACCCGCUCAGGGUGGAUCACUCUCCUGUACCAGCUACGAGUUAAACAAGAAAAAGAUAAAGAAUGGGAGGUGGAAUAUGAUGCUGGCAUGCAGAAGUACUACAAUGUAUUCAGUCUUCACCAUAAAGAGUUCAUGGUGCAGGUGCGAUGUAAACCCGAUCAUGGGUUCUGGAGCGAGUGGACCCAAACCACCUACGUCAAAAUGCCCGAUUAUAUACCCAGAGAGCGUUCGCUGUGGAUCAUGAUCACGAUAUUCUCUGUCUUCAUCGUUCUCAUACUCACCUGGACUCUUAACGUGAAACGAAACAGUGUGAAGCUUUGUUUGCUGCCUCCCGUUCCUGGACCAAAAAUCAAGGGAUUUGACAAACAACUGCUCAAGAACGGAAAGUCAGAGGAGGUUUUCAAUUCCCUGGUGAUCCAAGGUUUCCCUCCAACCACCGAUUACGAUGACUUGCUAGUGGAGUACCUUGAGGUGUACGACAAUGAGGAGCAAGAGUUGGUUCUGGACGGUAAAGAUCUAUCGGAGGACUGCAUGAAGUCCAAAAGCCCGUCGGACUGCGACUCGGGCCGGGGAAGCUGCGACAGUCGUACGCUGCUUUUGGAGAAGUGCAUGGAGGGACGGGAAGGGAGCGGAAGCGAUCAACAUCAGUACAGCCAGCAUGGAGAAACCAGCUGGGCUUCUACCGAAAGCAGUGAAUGCCAGGGUCUCGAACCUGGUUCUCCAGAGUCCUCUGAUGGACGUGUGAAGACCUGGCCUGUUGUGUUUUCGUCUCCGCAGCCUCACCACCAUUACCAAGUGGGAGCUGUGAAACCGGUUUACCACAGCGUCCCAGAGAUCCUCAACCAUUCAUCGGCACGAACAAUGCCGACCAACUUCCAUCAGCUACACCAUCAGGACAUCCCGCAACAGGAGGGCCGCUUCAGUAAACCAGCCUGCCGGCAUUCCCAAAGCUACAACCAGUUUAACCUGGAUGACCUCGACAUUCCUGCUCCCGGCGAAUCUCCGUCGCAUUCUCUGGAAUACGUGGAGGUCCAGAGGGUCAACCCAGAGAAUAUGCUACUGCUUAGGCCCCUUUCGGAUUCAAACCAUGAACCCGAGGGGUCCGAUUAUGCUGGGGAGGACUACAGCAGGGUCAAAGAAGUAACAUCAAAUAACAUUCUGCUUCUGCAGAGAGAUACGUCUCAUCAGUGCGUGGACGAUUACAGCCAGGACUUGGACAGCCAGGCUGAUCAAUGCACAACCCAGCAGCCAUAUCACCCCAGCAAAUCUGUCAUCUACCAAUUGAACAAUGGGAUGCCACAGGAAGGCAUGAGGGUGAUGGGAAAUGGUUAUGUUGACUCAACAGUCUUAAUGCCAUCCUAUUAGUCCAUAGUAGUCCAGUGCGUGAAAGCAAUCUGCCUCAAAUGCAGCAAAAACAAUAAGCUGAACAUAAAACCACUCGAAUUAAAACAUUUUAAAGAGCUCAAGCCAAGCCCUGAAAGAAGUGCUUUUCUCCCUCUCAUAUCUUGCUACAGUGGUAUAAUUAUUCAUAUUUAUAAAAAUAUAUUAGAAGGUCUUGUUUCAGAGCUGAGAUCUUUUAUGGAAGCACUGUAAAGAUGGAACCUUUCCAUUGCACAAAAAGUUCUUUAUAAUGGAAAUACGGUUCAUUAGAUUUUCCAAAUGUUAUCCACACUAAGAAACAAUGGUCUUUUAAGAACUACGGAAUGAAAUGUUUUUUGAGGAACCUGGUGGGAAGUCGAUUUUUUGUUUCUAUGAAAGAUAGUGUCCUAUGAUGAGGUGACACUUAUAAAGAUCAAAAUUUAAAAGAACUGUUAAGUCAAGUCUUUGAAGUUAUCAUGAGACCCCAACUACUUUAAUACACAUUACUGCAAAAUUCACUGCUGGUACAAUGUUUCCUUUCGGCUGUAUUGCCAUUUAGACAAUUCACAAUCCAGCAUCCACCACUGAAAUUAUUUCGUAUUUUUAUGCUAUAUUUUGGAAGUAAAAUGAGUUGUGAAUACCAUUUCCUGUUAACUUUUAAUGACCUUUCACCUUUUAAGAUUUGAAAACAUAGCACUUAGCAUAGUUGCAGCAAUCUAUGCAUUAUGUCAUUGUAUGUAUUUUCUUCAUGGCACUGUUACAUGUUUAAAGCCACUACUUUUUUAUGGCGGUGUUCACUCCUAAACUGACGGGGCCUGUUGCUAUUAUAUAAAAAAGCAAGAGCAUUAUCUGCAAUUAGAGUCGGUUUACACCUACUGUAAUCCUGCUGGAAACAUAGCAUAAUCUCAGUCAUACAAUUCAAAAUGUCUUUGCUUAUUAUUGGUACACUAACGUAAAAGUAAAUCAAUGAAAAGGAAUUUUAACUGAUUGUAAACUUUUAUAAUUUUGGAGAAUUUGCCUUUGAUAUUUACAACUCUCAGGUGGAGGAAAUUUGUUCAAGCACUCCCGCCGAAUGUAUGUAUUAUAAAUGUUAUUGGCUCUGAUUUCAAACACAAAAGCAAAACCAAUGUAAAAUGCAAAAAUUGCAAACUGCCACCAUUCGAAUAUUUUUCCAAUUGUGUUAAAGUGAGUCGUUCACUGUAAGAAUUUGUGUUUCUGUAAAUGUUAAACUUGUGAGAAUAUAUUUUUCUAAGUUUGUAUAUCCUUAAAUCAUAGGUAGCCAAUUAUUCAGCCCAACAAGUGAGUAUAGAGAUUGGCAUAUAAGCAUUUAAUUCAACAAAACAGUUAUUUUCUUGUUCAUAUACCAACCAUUAAACCAGUUACAUGGAAAGUAGGAAGAUUUUAGCCCUUGACAAAUGCAAGAGUCAACCUCCACAUGUUGCCUUAAUUUAUUCUUAAAUCUCUGGAAGCAGACUGAGAUAUUUUAUUAUUUUUUUUGUAAAGCGUAAUUUACUGAAUAUAUAUUUAUGUCUAAAGUUGCAUUAGGCAUACAUGUAAAUAUACGAUAAAUAUUCAAUUGUUAUAUAUAAUGUAGAAAUGCAUUUAUAUGUAACCUACAGAUAAUUUAUAUACUGAUAAAUAGUUUUGUUAGUUUUGGCUAUGCCAUACAUAAAUCAUCCCAUCUAACUUUGUUGAUUUGUGAGUAGCUUAACAUUUUCUCCUAUCUUUGUUGCUCAACAGUAUGUUCUCAGUUUCAUGCAAAAUAAAUCUGCGUAAUUUCUCUUUCUCAGGCAAUGUCAAAUCUACAAAAUGUGUGUUUGUAACAGCAUCUGAUUUAAUGUGAAGCCUUCGGGCUACAGUGUGAUAUAAUGUAUUUUUAUCUGAGAGUAAGAUAAAGACACAGUAAAGAAAACACAUUCAGGAAUCCCAUUUAGGAAUACAUUUUUUAUAACUGAAAUCUCUUUUUUGAUUUCAUUCUACUAAACCCAAAACCAUUUGGCUAAAAGGAUUGUUCAAAUCACAAAAAUGUGUUGUACACUAACAAUACUGUAAAAUUGAUUAAAAAUUUAUAUAAAAUAAAAUGUAUUUAUUUAUUGUCACUGGAGGUGCUGAAAUUGUGUAUUGUGUAAGAAAUACAUCUUGUGCGUUCUACUGUGUUUUGCAUUUCCAUAAACAUUACUUGUGAAAUCACAUACCAAAACCAUUAAAACAUAUGCUCAGAUUCUUUCA